GUUGUGAGCGAGAGAGAGAGAGAGAGAGAGAGAUGGACGCCUUCACCGAAUCUCUAGAAUCAAUCUACUCUUCUUCUGCCUUCAACAGACAAGUGGAGCGAGAAGAAGCAGAAUUACCCAAGCUGAGAAGCUUGUCUUCGAGGGAGAAGAAGAAGAAUCAGGUGUUGCUUGAAGGCUAUGUGGAUUCUGACGAUCAUCUGUCGAGGACCAAGAGCUUGACGGAUGAGGAUCUCGAUGAGCUCAAAGGCUGUUUGGAUCUCGGAUUUGGCUUCAGCUAUCAAGAGAUUCCCGAGCUCUGUAACACCUUGCCGGCUCUUGAGCUCUGCUACUCUAUGAGCCACAAGUUCAUGCUCCAUUCCUGCUCUUCUCCGAUCGCCAAUUGGAAGAUCUCCAGUCCUGGUGACCAUCCAGAGGAUGUGAAGGCGAGGCUCAAAUACUGGGCACAGGCUGUUGCCUGCACACUUAAAUUGUGCAGAUAGAUUACAACUUUAAGCAAAAUCAUUUUCUUGUGGAAAUGAAACAUCAAUAGGUCCUUCUUGCUCGUUCAUUCUUUAGCUGGAGAAUCUGUUGAUGAUGGAUCUGCAUGCGCUGAGGAAGAUUUCAGGUUUGAGAUCAAACAAAUACCUGAGUCACUAUUGUCUUAAAAUUGUUCCCAAGCUACUAGGACCAUUGUUUAUGAUACCAAGAAUAACGAAUAAGCUUACCCUUUGUUUAUUUUCUGGACAAUGUUUCGAUGCCUAUCAAUAUUCCAACCUUAGCUGUUGGUUUCUAUGCAGUGGUUGAGGUGAGAGCCUCCUUUGGAGCUUCACCAACUACUUUCUGUCCUCUGCAUUUGCUGAGGUAACUAACCUAACUUGGUCCACAUUGAAUGCUUUUGCGAUGCUAACAAUUAUGAUCCCAAUCCUAUAAUGAUUGUAAUGGUUCUUUGAUGCUUUAACUGCACCUGCCUGGUCGUGCUUCUCCGUCGUAUGGAUAGAUAUAGGUCCUACCUUGCUGACAAUUUGUGAUGCUUAACAAUGUCUGAGGUCUGUGAUGCUUAAUGCUUGAUUGUGCUGACCAAUCAUUCGGCUGGAAUUCCAGAUGCAAUUGAAAAGAGGGCGCGCGACUACUAGAUUCCUGAUCUGACCAUGAAGUUUGAUCCAUAACUUUACAAUUUAGCUCUCUCGGGUCUUGUUUUCGUGGAGACUUUCAUUAGUAAGGUUUCUUGCGUUGAUGUUAAGCAACUGACUAGUUACUAAUGUAUUCUUGCGGAGAUCAGUACGACGAUUGAUCUUAGGUUGCAUCUGAUAAUUUACAUAGUGAAUAUUGUAACUGGGAGACUGAGAAUGCAGAACAUAGGAAAUAUGAAAUAUAUACAAUACUAUGAUAUGUGAAUGAAUGUAAGUUAUAAUGCUUGGUAGCAUUGCAGAUAUUGGGAUUAAACUCCUCAAGUUAUAGAAAAAGGUAAGAGAAAGCUUUGCCUUUCAUUCCAUGGCUUGAAAUAAUUAGUUUGGAAGGAAAAAGUCUGCUUGUUUUUGAC